AUGCCCAACCGCACCAACAAUCUCGUGGAGGCAUGGCACAGAUGGUUCAACAAACGCUGUGGAGGAAGUCAUUUGAACUUCAGGGAUUUUAUACAUGCACUCAAAGAAUCUGAAAAUGCAAAGAUGUGGGAUUAUCAAGCAGACGAGAUAAAAGGGGUGGAUUACAGCAAACCAAAGACACCGUUCCAGCGUCGAAGGGAUUCCCAAAUUGCUGAAACUGAGAGAUUGUACUUGGCGUCGGAUCGGAAAGCGGAAGACAUACGCAAUUUUCUCGUUAGGGCAAGAUAUUUCACAGAACCUGAUCUAAGCGCUCCUGUAGAGGAUGGAGUAGCCUUACAUCAAGAAGGCCAUCAAGAUCAACCCGAAGGCGCAGUGGAGCCUGUGGUCCAACCUAGGCGACGGUAUUUAGCUGGUACAGCAAGACCUGCAACUCCUUUGGAUAAUGGUGUUGCAGACGAGCCUGUUAAUCCUGCCGAUCCUGUAGAGAACGCUGAUCCCAAUGUGUCUGCUGAUGUUGCGGUGCCUGCUACUCCAACAGAGCAGGAUGGUCCCUUAGACGUCACUGGCGCUGACGUUUUAGAAGAAACCACUAAUCAGCCUGCACCUACAGGCCGUGGCCACUGCAGACGUCGGCUGCCUGCAAGUCUAAGUCCAGGUGGUGAUUUUAUUCUUCCUCCUUCUCGCAGACCUCGCUUGGACCCAAACACAGCCGCUAUCCGUCAAGCUGCCCCUCUGGUACAGUCCAUGGACGACGGGGUCGUGGACACGAAACACGAUCCCAGCCCAAUGUACGUGGUCUAA